UUUCGUUAUUUUAGAGGAGGCAUGUUAACUAUGCAACCCAUACUAAUGGUUACAUUUCGGGGUUUAGUCACAAACUAGGGCGUCGUCGCUGGAGUUCACCCCGCGUCGCUGUAAGUCGCACCUUCCGCCGCAACUCAACUGACAUCUUCUUCAUCAACCAUUCGUGACCAUCGUCGGAAUCUUGGACUCCUCUGUUCGGCAUCGGCACACAUCGACAACCAUUUUUGCCCAAAAUCGACACAUUUACUCCAUUGUCAUUCUCCCUAAAUCCCCUCUCACGCUACUGCCUUCAACUUCGUACCAAUGGCGCGAGCCAGGCAUCCAGUCCAAAGAAAGUCCAAUCGCACGUCAUCAGGUUCUGGAGCUGCACUGUCUCCCCCAGCUGUCCCUUCGACGCCACUCAAUGGGAGAACACAAAAUGUCAGGAAAGCUCAAAGCCCACCAUCAAGAACAAAGAAAAAAAUACGCUUCAGACCAGGAACGGUGGCAUUGAGAGAAAUUCGGAAUCUCCAGAAAUCAUGGAAUCUGCUAAUUCCAGCUAGCUGUUUCAUCCGAGCAGUGAAAGAAGUAAGCAACCAGUUGGCUCCACAGAUUACGAGAUGGCAAGCUGAAGCUUUAGUAGCUCUUCAGGAAGCCGCAGAAGACUUUUUGGUUCACCUAUUUGAAGAUACCAUGCUGUGUGCUAUUCAUGCCAAGCGUGUAACUAUCAUGAAAAAGGAUUUUGAACUGGCACGUCGAUUAGGAGGGAAAGGGAGGCCAUGGUGAGAAGAGAUUCUUUAGAAAGAGUAGCCGCUUUAGCAACUCAACACCUCAUUAAUUGGUAUAAUAGAGAGGUAGUUGGUUGCUAGUAAGUAAGUUGUGUAUUUGAAUACGUAGAAAUUAGGUAGUACACAAGACUAAAAUAUUUUGUUGCCGAGAACCAUUUAUGCCACAGCCUCCAAAGUUUCCAUCUCCCAUAUCAAAUUUGACUGGAGAUACGAAGUUUAUGUUAGCCAUCUUAAAGAAGAUUGUAGGAUCGAUUCAGCUUUUGAUGUGGCCAUUGAUUCUGACUUUUGAGUUGCUUCUUGUAAUCUGUAACUUUGCUGCAUUAUGUUAUCAGAAGACAACAUUUCUCUGGCAGGUCUGUCAAAAAACAAGACACCAUUUGGUCA